CCAACUCAGUUCGAUUCAACCACUACUCAGAGCCCAUCGUACCAUAUAAUUCGCAAAAAAUCACCUUCUGUCUCGUUACCUUGAAGCUGCGCGUCAAUUUCUACUUGAACCUUUCUUCGAAGGAGAAAUGGAGCAACCAAUCUACUACCCGAAGGCGGAGUUCAUCGAAACAGACACAGGAAACAAAGUCUCUCGCCGAGCUACCAUCGCUGGCCCACAGAACAUCAUACUCGGCGGCAAGACCAUCAUUUCAAGUGGCGCUAUCAUUCGUGGCGAUUUGAAGCGAACGGGUCCAGGACAUGCGGUCGUAAUUUCUUUGGGGAGAUAUUGUCUUGUUGGAGAGGGUUGCACUAUGCGACCUCCAUACAAGACAUAUCGAGGAAACUUCAACUACUACCCUAUGAAGAUUGGCGACCAUGUUCACAUAGGAGCCAACACAGUAGUAGAAGCUGCCACAAUUGGGAACCAUGUUGAGAUUGGGAAGAACUGUGUCAUUGGAAAGUUUACAAUCAUCAAAGACUGCGCGAGGAUAGCAGAUAAUACCAUUGUUCCACCAAAUACCGUUAUUCCUGCCCUCUCAUUAUUCUCUGGUUCGCCUGGUCGAUUCGUGGAAGACUUACCAGAGUCAACACAGGAAAUAGUUGAAGCUCAUACAAAACAAUACUAUACACGCUUCCAGCCACUGGAACGAUAACCAGCCCCAUCAUAUCUGCCUGCCUUGCGUCCCCUACUUCACAACGGAUCUGUGUCACAGGGUGAAUUGUCAGUCUUCUGCACUUUUAUAUUAUGAUGCGAAUCAUAGAAGUCAAGCACCGAAACCGUCUUCAUAACUGUUUCUGAUGAUCACACCAUGCUAAUACUGACAUUCAAUUCAAGAUCCCUUCGCUUAGUUUCAUGUAACUGACCACUUCACACCCUCUAGAUUCCCACAGUACGGAACGAGCCUCCCCCUGUUUGCCUAUGCGUUCAGCUCUUACUCAUACACCUCUUGCAGUUUACACUCUUACUUCGAUGGUUUCUCUGUAUUGUUUACGUCUCCGUUGGUGCAU